UAUUGCUUUUCCUUUAGACUGAUAAAAUAUUGUGUUACAAAUAGGAAACGAAACCCACAUCACAAUCCAAUUCAAUGACCCUUUGUAUGGCUUCUGGCACUGCUGCGGAAAAUAUGAGCGAGGUGGAAGAGGAGCAUGGAUAUGUCUUCAAAGAAGAGAUCCAUCUCACGGUGUUCAAAACUUCUCUGUUCUUCGCGGGCGAUGGCUUCACCGUCUACGAUUGCAAAGGUCAACUCGUGUUCAGAGUUGACUCUUAUGGGCCCGACACCCGCGACAGAGACGAACUCGUUCUCAUGGAUCCUAACGGACGUUGUCUCCUCACCGUUCGUCGAAAGAGGCCGAGUUUGCAUCAACGGUGGGAAGGCUUCAAAGGGGAGAGAAUGGACGGUGAUAAACCCAUCUUCAGCGUGAGGAGAGCGUCGAUCAUAGGACGGUCGCGUGCGAGUUUGACGGUGGAGAUGUACGACAACCCAGGUGAGGAGUACCAGAUCGAUGGGUGCUUCUCGCAGCGUUGCUGCACGGUUUUCAAUGUGACGAAAGAAUCGGUGGCUGAGAUUCGUCGUAAAGUGGACCCCACCACCAGCGUCGUGCUUGGGAAGGAAGUGUUCUCCCUUUGCGUUAAGCCUGGUUUUGAUGCGGCUUUUGCCAUGGGGUUUGUGCUUGUCCUAGAUCAGAUCAACGGUGAGGAUUACGUUGAUGAUCGUGCUACCACGGAGCCUGCGGUGCACCCCGCCACAGAAGAUUAGAAGGGAAUAGAGUGCAUUUCCAGAUUUUUCUUCAAUCACACUGGCAUGAUGGGUGGCUUUAUUUAAUUUAACUCACUAAUCCUUGGGAUUUGGAUUGUCCCUCACAAAGGGAACCUCUGCCCCUUCUUUUCUGGGUCAUGCUCAUGCCCUUGAAAGAAUAAACUUUUCAAUUCCCAAUGCGAUUGUGUAAAUUUUACAUCAAGCAUAAAAAUAUCAGUUGAGCUUUCCUACUUUCAGCCGAUUAGCCCUUUUUAUCUGUGCCUUGUCUUCAUUACUUGUGAUGCUUUUAUAUGGCAUGAUAUGAGCACAAUUUAUAUUUUCAUUA